AGCAGCAGCAGCAGCAAUAAUCCGGAGAGCAGAUCAGAGGCAGUCACUUUAAAAUUCAUAGCCUGGCUGGCAACACCAAGCCUCACUCUGACCACUGCAUCUGAUUUUAGAAAAACAAAAACAAAACAAGGGCAGGAAGAGAAAGCAUCUCAUCCAAGGGAGAGUUGAGUGAACAUACCUUUAGGGUCUCUGAGAUCUUCUCAUCAUGAAGCUCUUGACAGUAGUUUUCCUCUUACUCUUCAUUGUAAUCUGUUUUACCAGCGUAGAAGGAUCAAAAUGUAAAUGCUUACGAAAGGGACCCAAGAUAAGAUUCUCUGAUAUACAAAAACUUGAAGAGAGGCCAAAAUAUCCAUAUUGCAAGGAAAGAAUGAUCAUAGUCACAAUGAAAUCAAGAUUCCGAGGUGGACAUCAGUACUGCUUGCAUCCCAAACUCCCAAGUACAAAAAGAUUACUGAAGUGGUACACAAUAUGGAAAGAGAAAGAGAGAGUUUAUGAAGAAUAAGCAAGCACAGCCCAAGAGACAAAACAGGAUGAUUUGGUGGACAUGAGGAAGAGACAGGAAAUGGAAGAGAUGGCUUCUCACAAGAUGUGACUCAAAAUCUAUAUUGUUAUAAAGCACUUUUUACCAAGGACCACUUUUUACACUUUAUAGCUGUAAAAAAAAAAAAGUCAGCCAGAUUUCAUAAGUGUCUUUUACACACUAGAUUUCAUACAUGCCUUCUUUGUAGUGACAAAUUUCAUGAUUCAUAAUCUUCAUUUAAAAGUUACCAUUUAUAUAUAUAUAUAUAUAUAUAU